UCUGUUCCUGGCCUAUAUAACAACUCACUACACCAACCUUAUACUUCCCAAAACAGUGACCGUAAAACACUGAAACAGAGAGAGAGAGAGAGAGAGAAUGGAGAGAAAGGUUAUGGUAGUGUGCUGCGUUGUGGGAUUCUUGGGUCUGUUAUCAGCUGCAACUAGCUUUGGUGCUGAAGCAACAAGGAUUAAGACUUCUCAAGUUCAGUUUAUUACACCAAUUCAGUGCAUGUAUCCCCGAAGUCCAGCUCUACCUCUUGGUUUAACUGCAGCACUGGCUCUUAUGUUAUCUCAAGUAGUCAUAAAUGUUUCAACUGGGUGUAUUUGUUGCAGAAAAAGCCAUCGAAUCCCAGAUUCUAAUUGGAGGGUGGCACUUGUCUGCUUUGUUUUAUCCUGGUUCACAUUUGUAAUUGCAUUUCUGCUGCUGCUAACUGGUGCGGCGCUGAAUGAUUCACGUGGUGAAGAGAGUGUAUACUUUGGCAACUACUACUGCUAUGUUGUGAAACCUGGAGUGUUUGCAGGAGGUGCAAUUUUAUCUCUUGCAAGUGUUGCAUUUGGAAUUGUCUAUUACAUUACCUUAACUGAGGGAAAGAAUGGUAGCAAUCCUUUUGGUGAUUCCUCAUAUCCUAAUCAAGGGGCCAUAGCCAUGGGACAACCACAGAUCCCACCUCAGACUAGUCAAAACCCGGUAUUUGUGCAUGAAGACACGUACAUGAGACGACAGUUCACAUGACUUGGUUGGUGUUUGCGGUUAUUGCAUCACUCAGUUUCCCAAGUUAAACUUGGCACAGUGAAGUGUUUGAGACUGCUUUAAACAAAACCUGGUUUCUAUUGUGUAUUCGUAGGUAAUGGUUUCUUAGGGUUAUGUUAUGUGUAUAUGUAUAGCUGGGAAAUGCUUUGUGAUGGAGUUAUGAUUUUUUGCAUGUUUAUAAUUGAAUGGUCCAGACAACAUACAAUUCAAGAUGAUGUCUCUUUAUACUCUUGGCAGAAGAUAAAUGCGGAAGUAGA